AUGGCGGAAUCGGCCCCUAAAGUUGAUGGAUUUAGUGAGUUUUGCACAGGAAAUAAACACUUAGAAAAAGUUUGGGAAAAACUUUUGAAAAUCCAGGAAUUUUAUGAAAUGGACACAGUCUCUCAUUUUUUUCAUUGUACUUCCAAAAGUUGCAAAAAUGAAAUUCUACAUUCUAGGAUGUUGAGAGGAGAGAUAACAGAGUCUCCUGAGCUGGCACCAUUGGCAGCAAACACAAACUUGAAAGGAGUCUGGUUCGUACUGGCUUUAGAAGAGAGAGAGCUUCCCAAAAUAUCCCCUUACGGAACACAGAGGAUUAGAAUACCUGCAUCAGUAAUGAUGAAUUACAUGGUAAACACAUCGCUGGACGACGACGAUGAUAAUAAUGACCCAUCUCGGACAAAAUCAGACAAUGAAGACAAUCUGUUUUUAUUUUUUGAGAGCUCGUAUACAUACAAUGGGAAAACCCAGUACGUCAGGCUCCUUUUAGUUCGGUCUACUGACCCAAAUUUACACUGGUGUAAACAAAACUUACACGAAGUGAAUUUAUAUGACAAUCCUUUUUUUCAAUGGUCAGAUGACAAGCUUUUAUCUUCCAAGAAUCACGGAACAAAUUUGUGGGUAGAGAUACUCGUCGUAAGAGACAUUGUACUUGAUAAAUUAACAGAGAAUCCUGUCUGGGAUGUGGUUAAAAAAGGGAGACGGGAAGGAGGAGAACCUGACAUACUGUAG